AUGAAUAAUAUAACGGCCUACACUCCCCUUGAAUCGCUACUACUGUUUCAAUCCUUGGCCGUCUUUGGGACCGAAGCGAACGUGUUCGCACGAAUCUCGGACCUCCUCAAGAACAAUAUCCUCGUACGAGAUGGCGACCGAUACGACCCAGGCCGACUCAGCCCUGAUUCCCUUCACGAACUGUAUCUGCAGCUACUGCGCGAAGAGCUGAAGAGCGAACUAGAAAGUGAGACACCUGGCGACGCGAGCCCGUCAAAGAAGCGCAAGAUCCAGAGCCCGCCGCUCCCGACAAUCAAGGAUGCGAAGGAAUACAGUGGAAAGCUUCCGCAGCUGGUAGAUAGACUAUAUGCAAGAUACAGAGAUCAAACCAUACAGGCCAUUCGGGAUGACGAGCGGAGAUACGAUGUGCUCAAACGAGAGCUCAAGGAAAUCGAGCGUGGGGAGUGGGACGAAAGGAUCAUGAAAGACGAACGACGCGGGCAACAAACAUCCAGCGAAGAUCCCCGGCGGGCACCAAGUGUACCAAUUGUCUCUGAAAAGCCUGAAAGGCCCGCGUCCCGAGGUGCAGAACUCCAGACGGCACCAGCAGCCUCUCCGCUGGCUUCACCACGGACGGAGCAAAGACAUGAAGGCUUGGCAAUCAGCGACGUUCUCAGCACUCAAGAAGUUCCCGCAUCGCCUCGACCCCUUGAAAAGGAUUCGGUGCCUCGUGUACGGAAUGGAAAUGUCCCACCCAUAAACCACCACAGGACGCCUAGCAUCGACCGCCCCCAUGGACCUUCUCCACUACAACCGGACCAAAGACCGCCCUCUCUUGACCGAAAGUGGGAGAAUUACCAACCUCCUCCAACCCAGCCAUAUUCUCCUCAUACUCCGACUCCACACGGAUAUUCGCCUUACCCACAGGGGCAAUAUGCCCCGGUGUAUCCCCAGCGAGGCUCUUUCUCUGGUCCUUUGCCACCCGCUCGCGGCCCAGUUCCUUCUUCCCCUCACGCGGCACAGCCUAUAGUCUUGCCGCCUUCAGGCCAGCAAGGCCCUGGCUCCCCAGCAAAGCCCUUAGAUCAGUUAGCAGAAGUGGCUGAGCAACAAUACCGACCGCAACAGCAAGGCCAGGGGCAACAAAUGGCUCAGUACCCUCGAACCCCUGGCCAACAAACGGGACCAUACCCACCCGGUUCUGGCCUUCAAGUGUCCCAAUAUUCCCCAGCCCAGUAUGCUCAACCUCCCCCACAGCAACCAUUCAGAGGCAACGGGCAGCAUCCGCAAGGGCAACUGCCUGCACACUGGAACCAGUACCAACAGCUUCCACCUGCAAACUACUACCCUGCGCCUGCUCCACAGCCCGGGCAACGGCCGUUCCCAGUUAGGCCAGAAAUUGCACAGCCGGAGCAAAGGCAGUACAACUCGCCAUACAAUCCAAGUGGUGGCCAGCCUCCGGCUUUCAAAUCAGCCCCCGCUCCCAAGCCUCUGCUACGCGAUACUCAACCAAACACACCAGUUACAAGGCCGGUUCUCAGCACUGGAAGGGCUACCAGAUGGACACCAGUGGCGACUCCCGGAACUCCCAAAGCAUCUAUUUCCCCCGAUGCACCAGCUUUCGAACCUCUGAGCCCGCAGCCCAAAUCUUCUACCUUGCCCAAGGACAAGGCAAAGAAGCCUCGUGGCCGACCACCCCGCAUCAGGGCUGGCAGCACAGCCUCGCCUGCGCCGCCGCCAGCACCACCAUCGCAAGUUGCAGAUGCCAAGGUGAAGAAAGAAACGCCUGGCCUCCGCUCUCUCCAAGAUCUCGCACUCGCUACUUCCGCCGAAGACACGGCAGGAGCAACAACCGACGAGACCCCCGUCCCCACUUCCUCACCUCUUCGCAAGCGCAAACGCAGCCCUGCGCACGCACCGUCAAAGCCUCCUACCCACGUCCUCUGGACGCGCAACUUCUCCAGAAUCUCGGCGUCGGCACUCGAGCGUAUCGGUGCCCACCGCUGCGCGAGCACUUUCGCCAAUCCCAUCAAGGAGCGCGACGCGCCGGGUUACAAAGAUGUGAUUCUACGCCCGCAAGACUUGAAGUCGAUCCGCUCUGCAAUCACGGCUGGCUCACGCGCUGGGCUCGCCGCGGUGGCUAGUAUGGAUGAGGAGAGUGAUAAGGGGCAAGCGAGUCUGCAGCUCGCUAUCAGCGAAGAGCUCGUGCCGCCGAAGGGUAUCGUGAACAAUGCGCAGCUGGAGAAGGAGCUCAUGCUCAUGUUUGCGAAUGCGAUCAUGUUCAACCCCGAUCCUGAUCACGGCUUCGGCCGCGCAUUCUCAGCGAGAAAGGGAGCCCUUGCGGAAGUUGAAGAUAAUAGAGGGUAUACGCUUGAUGAGGAUGGAGUGGUGCAGGAUACGAGGACGAUGUUUGCGGAUGUGGAGAAGAUUAUUGGGGAGCUGAGGAGCGCGGAGCAGAGGAAGAGCGAGGAGAAGGAGGGGCUUGAGAGGAGGGCGAGGGAGAGCGAGAGUGUGGAUGAUGUGGACCAGGAGGGGCCGGGGAAGAAGAGGAAGAGGGGUUAG